AUGAGCGAUAAUCCAACAGUGUCGAUGAUUAUUAAAAUGAAAGUGCCAGAGCUUCAAGCUGAACUAACAAAAAGGCACCUUGAUACGAAAGGUAUAAAACAAGUCUUGGUCAAUCGACUUCUGUCGAGUUUGGAAAUUGUAGAGCCUGAAGCGGCGAACGACAGCAACGACGAUGAACAACAAAAUAAAGCCGAAGGAAAUAUGGAAUUGGCCAAAGACAAAGAACAAGACGACUGUAAGGACGAUGAACAAGAUCAUAGCAAAGACGAAAACCAAUUUUCGCUGCAUGAACUAUACCCAAAUUAUAAACACCCCUAUUCCUUCGAGAAUGCCAUUGAAGACAUUAGACUGCAACUAAAUACCUUACAAUGCAAAUUCGAAGACUACAAAACUGAAAUGUCUAAUGAUGCAUCAGGAACAGGUAGUCUUCGCGAUGAAAACAAGCGUUUGAGAUGUGAAAAUACAGAUCUAACUGAGAGAAUGAAUAAUCUUGAAUUCAUCCUGGCCGACCUCAAUACAAAAUUAAAGAUCGCCGAAGACGAAAAGGCUAGCCUUUUAACUGCUAUCCGAUUAAUACAGUCCGAUGGCGAUGUCAAGUUAAACAACAACAAUAACAUCAUGACAACAAAGCACCUACCACAGAAUACCUACAAAGAAGUCGCUUCAAGACCAAAGAGUAGAAAUAUUAAUGGAAAUUCAUCAUCGAAACAAGAUAAUCUUAAAACUACCGCCGCAGGCCCUAAUCUGGUAAACGUUCUGGGUUCAAACCGUUAUUCUCCGUUAGAAGUUGAGACGGCAGACGAGUCAGAGCAAGAAAUCAUAAGUGCCGAUGAGGCAAGACCAACAAGCCAUGGCCGAAAGCACGACUCAAAGACACAAAAGUCUAAGAAAACAACUAGGAUCCCCUCAACAAAGUCGACUGCAAUUCCAGCAAUGUAUCAACAAUCCACGACCUUGAUUCCGUUACAAUCCUUGGAGAUUCAAUGUUAA